AUGGCACAAACAAAACAUGAGACAGAACAUGAAAAUGAUGAUUCUAAAAAACAAAUUAAUCAAGAAUCACUAGAUCCAACAACUCUUACAAAUUAUAGAUUUAUUUAUCCAGAAUUCUUACCAACUACAAAUCCUCUUCAUCGUAAUAGCAUAGCAGAGAAAUUAGAGCGUAUGGACAUGUUAGCUAGAAGAGCUGUAUUAGGUAUUCCUGAAUUUUAUGUUGGCUCUAUAUUAGCAGUCACUUAUUCUGAGCCUCAUGCAACUGGAAAGGUGAACAGAUUUGUUGGUAUAUGCAUUUUAAGAGAAGGUGCUGGAUUACGUGCUUCAUUUAUUUUAAGAAAUGUUAUAAAUGGAGAAGGUGUGGAAGUGCGUUACAUGUUGUAUGAUCCUGCUAUUCAAAAAAUUGAUUGUUUGAGGUUAGAAAAAAGAUUGGAUAAUGAAUUACUUUACCUCAGAGAUGCACCACCAGAGUAUAGUACAUUUCCACUUGACAUGGAAACAGAAAUAACUCCUGAAGGACCUGUUCCAGUGAAUGACAUUAAAGUUCCACUCAAACCACAACCAUGGUUGGAAAAGUGGGAACGUAAAGAUUUAAAGGGUCUUAAAGAUGUGGUUGUUAAUGAAAGACGCCAAAAGAAGGCAAAAGCUGCUGCUAAACCAUGGGAGAAAUAUGAUUUAAUGAAAAUUUAUAGGGAGACUAUUCCAGAAGAAGAACAAAUUGAAAUAUUCUCAGAUGUACACACAGAACUUCGUCAACUGGAAGUGAAAAAGGAUAUAUUAAAACGUCAGCGUGUACUACACAGACCAAAGAAAAAUGUAUAAAUUUAAUUUUGAGUUAUAUAUAUUUCUAAGUUAUAAUUUCCCAGUUAUAUAUAUGCUGUGUACGUUAAGAAAUUACUUUAAGUUUUCCUUAAAUAACUUCUACAGACUGUAAAAACAUAAAUAACUUAAAUAUUUAA